AGGUCUGGUAUAAAUAUUGGGGUUUACAUGGUGUCAGCACUGGGUGCCCUUAUGUAAUUUUUCGAAACGAGUGGCCUAUAAGAUGCAAAUGGAAAUUGAACCGAUUCCAGUACACACGAACAGUCAUCCUGGUAGCGGAAAUGAUCCAUGGAAAUUUCUGAGGAAGUUGGAAUCGCCUAUAUUUAGAAAUCGUUCACUGGUUACCUGACGACGGAGUUAAUUUUUGCUGGAACUGUGACGUAAUUUUCAUGUGUGGAGGAAAAAUUAGCGCAGCUGCAGCACGGAGUUGACGCAUGUCCCCGCCAAAAUACAGUCAAUGUCUCAGCAACAACGACCCUAAAAAUAGCGCCAAGAGGUGGAUCUUUAAUUUCGAGGAGAUAUAUAAGCGCCAUGCGUUCUUCUAUUUCUAACCCCAGGUUUGAAGCCCACCAAAUAUAUAUCUCAUUAUGCAUACCAUCUUGGGUCUCCUCGCCUUCGCUACCGCGUCCUUGGCCGAGAACAUCAACACCAAUGGUUACGUCACAGCGUUGAUCUCCGAUGUGGAGAGCCACCAGCAGGAAUACAUGUCAUAUAUACAGAAUAAUGUCCAGCCGUUACCACAAACAAUACUCGAAUUGUUCUUGGUUGCACAGACAGCCACCGACGACUCGUAUACGUCCUUGGUGGGCUCAGACUUCCCAUUGAGUAUGGUUUCCAGUAUGGUGGCUAACUUACCGUGGUACUCCACCCGAUUGGCUGAGGAUUUGUCCAAAGGUUUGGCUGCCAUCCCGACUCCAUCUUCCACAUUCAGCAUUGCAUCAAGCACCAAAGUUUUGUCUACGUCAUCCGCGAUUGAGUCUUCUUCCUCAUCUUCUUCUUCCUCGUAUUCUUCCUCGUAUUCUUCCUCGUAUUCUUCUUCUUCUUCCUCUUCUUCUUCCUCUUCUUCUUCCUCUUCAUCUUCUUCUUCCUCUUCCUCUUCCUCAUCUCCCUCUUCCUCUUCUUCCUCUUCUCCCUCUUCCUUACAUACAACUUCGGCCGCUUCCGUGGAACCCACAUCUGUCGCCACAACCAUCACGACCACAUCAUCCGCAUCUUCGACAUCCUCUACACUGCACGCCGGUGCAAACAAUCUUGCCGUUCCGCUUGCGUCUGCAUUCAUGAAGGAUGCAAAACUCACAUACUCGGUGUCGGGCCUUGUCGGCCUCACCGUCUUCUUCUCUCUCUUAUAGGUGGGUAUAAGAUCUGCUUAUACUUAUCACGAUUAAUUGCCGUAUGAGUA